UGGCCUCGUCUUCUGCUGGGCGGCAGGAUAGAGCUCAUUGCUCUCCUCAUCGUGAAGGCUGCUGGUUCUGUCUCUCUGUCUCCCUCCUUCUCUCCCUCAUUUGAUCCCAGUGUAGCCACGUGAAACACCGACACGUCUGCAUGGUGAGGCGAACCAUCAGUACCUGACCCAGUUGCACAUCAUCCAGAGGAGCCAGUGGUCAUGUCGAGUCAUGGAGAGGCCGCUGUCUCCGCGGGGGACUUGGUGGCAGCAAGGUUUACAGUCGUGGAUUAUGUCGUCUUCGUUUUUAUGCUGUUGGCGUCCGUCGGGAUUGGCGUGUUCAGCGCCAUCAAGAACCGCGGGCGGGAGUCCACUCACAAUUUCCUGUUAGGAGGGAGAGAGAUGUCGCCCUACCCCGUGGCGAUUUCCCUUCUCGGCGGCAUCUUCUCCGCCAUAUCUAUAUUAGGUAACCCAACGGAGGUGUACUAUUUCGGCGCACAGGUCGUCACAUCUCUGGUGGGGAUCUUUCCUGCCAUCAUCGUAGUGCAUCAAGUGAUCCUCCCUAUCUUCUAUAAUCUUCGUUUAGUAUCAGUGAAUGAGUAUAUCGAAUUGCGAUACAACACGACCACACUGAGGAAGCUGGCCACUGUGUGCCACCUCAUCACUAAGUUGUUCUACAUGGGAAUUUGCCUGUACGCCCCGUCGCUGGCUCUGUCUACCGUGACAGGCCUGUCCACCUGGGCCUCCAUGCUCACCAUGGGCUUCAUCUGUACCUUCUACAUCACUAUCGGGGGCGUGAAGGCUGUGGUGUAUACGGACGUACUGCAGACGCUGCUGAUGUUCUUCGGCGUGCUGGUGGUGGUGGUGGUCUGUUGUUUCAAUGCCGGUCUCGACAACUUGUGGACCACGUCGCUGCAGGAUGGUCGCCUUCACGUACUCGACAUGAACACAAGCCCUUACGUGCGUCACACCUUCUGGUCCACUUCGGUGCUCGGGUUCUACAUUACUGUCAGCAUCUUGGGCCUCAACCAAGGCUGCUAUCAAAGAUUUGCAUCCCUCGGGAGCCUACAGAUGGCUAAGAGGCUGGCCAUCUUCUUCGUGGUGGGUAUGUUCGUGCUGUGGGGUUUGUUCUACUUCUCUGGUGUGGUGGCCUACGGGAUCUACCACGAUUGUGAUCCCCUAAUCUCAGGCCGUAUAGAAAAGCCGGACCAGAUUCUUCCCUACCUGGUGAUGGACAAGCUGGCUUACAUCAAGGGACUCCCGGGGCUCUUUGUGGCGGCUGUCUACGGCGGGAUGCUCAGCUCCCUGUCCACCUGUGGUAACUCCAUCGCGUGUCUGAUUUGGCAAGACUUCCUGCACCCGCUCCCCUACUUUGCUCGCCUCUCCAGCACCGCCUCCACCACCAUCUGCAAAUUAUUAUCUGCCUUUGCCGGACUAUCUGGAAUCUUCUUGGGAAUGCUUGCGGGAAAAUUGGGCAACGUGUUUUACGUAUCCAAGAGCAUAUCAGGGGCCAUCAUGGGGCCUUUGGUGGGCAUCUUCGUGGCAGGAAUCUUUACGCCGUGGGCGAACACUAAGAGCGUGGUUGGGGGCUUCCUGACGGCCUUGAUUUACAACAUCUGGAUCGUGGUGGGCAAAUUCCGGUACGGCAGAGGAUCGCCCAAACGUCUGCCACUCUCUACUGAGGGAUGUCCCGAAAACCUGCUCCUUCAGCUCGCUAACGCCACCCUUACCACUACCAGCCUACCGGACGUCCUCCUGGAUUCAGAUGUCUUCCCCGAGGACGCGCACAACACGACUCUGUAUGGCGGAGAGAUGAUAGACGCUACUGAGGAGGAAAAGACCCUUUACGACGUAUCUUACUGCUAUUCCGGCAUCACUGGCGUUAUCAUUACCGUGGCUGUGGGCAGCCUCAUGUCGCUGUGCACUGGUCCCCUGCGACCUGGAACUGUGGACGCCAGCCUUGUCAGCCCCUGCUGCGCCAGGUUUCACGAGUGGUUGUGGAACGCAUUUGGAGGCACCUCCAAACAGGCAGGGGACAGCUUGGAGGAGAAAGAGCGGGGCAUCGCCUUGUUGUCCAACAGCACCGCCACACCCAGUUAGCCGAAUGAAAAAAAAACAUGCACAAAUGAUUGAGAUCAAUGUGUUCCUUAACACAGCCAACCUUCGGAGAGAACCAGAAGGCAUUAAUGUCGCUGUGCUAAUAAGCAUAUGAUUGCUUUCUCUCUCUCUCUCUCUCUCUCUCUCUCUCUCUCUCUCUCUCUCUCUCUCUCUCUCUCUCUCUCUCUCUCUCUCUCUCUC